GAUUGUUUGUAUUCGAAUGCAUCAUGGACAUCAGCAGCACAAUUAAGUUUCGGAACAUUUGCAACAUGUUUGAAAACAUGAAAAAUGCGAAAACCACGCAGCGCAAGGAAAAAAUCUUGCAUCGCUAUUUCGAGUCCUUCUGCAGACAUCGGAUGGCCUUUCGCCAGCAGGCCGGCAUAUCAGACAAUCAUCCCGAGGAUGGCAAAAGCAGCUUCUUUUCCGUGCUGCGUUUGCUAAUGCCUGGCACAGACACAUCGCGCGAUAACUAUGGAUUACAGAUCACAGCACUGGGACGAGUAUAUACGCGGGUGCUGCAGCUGGCCCGUGAUUCGCCAGAUGCGAUAAGCCUGCAACAUAAAAGCUAUACACCACAUCGUGACUAUGCCGAUGUGGUCCAUGCCGUGCUCAAGUCACGCUGCUUCAACAAUCCAAGUGACCUGACGCUGCUGCAAAUUCAUGAAAUGCUCGACAUAAUUGCCAAUGAGGACACACAAAGUAAAGAUCGGGAGCUGACGCGCUUCACCGAAGUGGCCUCGCCCUUGGAGCAAAAGUGGAUGGUACGCUUGCUGCUGAAAACCAUGAACCUGGGCAUUGGAGAGCAGCGCAUAUUUGCACUCCUGCAUCCCAAUGCCCGAGAUGUUUACCUCCGCUGCACAGAUUUGGCGCGCGUUUGUAAUUUAUUGGCCGACAGAAAGCUAUCGCCGGAUGUUGUGGCGAGCACGGGCGACGAUCCAAACAACGCCACAGGCACCAGCACCAGCAUAAAUUUCAAUGCCGUUAUUGCACCUUUUCAUCAAAUUCGUCCGAUGUUAUGCGAACGUUUUCCGGGCAAAAUUGAGGAGCUAAUGCAGUCAGACGUUCUCUAUAUGGAGAUUAAAAUGGAUGGCGAACGCUUUCAGUUGCAUUUUGCAAACAACCGCUUCAAGUAUAUUUCUCGCAACGGCGCCGACUUUACGCGAAACUUUGGUGACUCAUACGAGCAUGGCAAUUUGACGCCCAAGCUGCGCACCUUGCUGCCUCUGGACAUGCAAUCGAUUAUACUCGACGGCGAAAUGAUGAUCUGGGAUAAAAAUCAGAAGCGUUUCCGGGAGAAAAGCGAGAACAAUGAUGUGAAGCAUUUGAGCGAUGAUGGCAGCUGGCAGCCAUGUUUCGUGGUCUAUGACUUGCUCUAUAUGAACGGUCAAAGCUGUCUGGAUAUGACGUAUGUGCAACGCAGCUACAAACUACAAGAGUUACUGACGGAACAGCAGGGAGUACUGCAGCUGAUGAGGUCACGGAAAAUUGGUUCGAUCGAGGAAUUCAAUCGCAUGUUUCAAGAAGUAUUAGACUCCAAAGCUGAAGGCAUUGUGAUCAAAAAACAGAACUCCAUUUACAGGCCGGGCGUACGUGUGGGUGGAGGCUGGUAUAAGGACAAGGCGGACUACAUCAACGGCCUGACCUCUGAAUUCGAUUUGCUCAUCAUAGGCGGCUUCUACAAUCGCAAGCGCACCUUCAUAGAGUCAUUCCUGCUGGGCGUGCUCAAGCCCAGCACGGGUCCGGCGGGACGCAAUGAGGUGUACAGUGUGGGCCGGGUUAGUAACAAUACCCAGCAACGCUCGGUGUUGAACGAUUCAUUGAAAAGGCAUUGGCAUGAUUGCAAACAAGAGCCACCUCCGAUUUGGUACAAAUACAAAGCCGGUGACGUCAACGGCAGCCCUGAUGUCUGGAUCGACCCAUGUAAUUCAACCAUAUUGCAAGUGAAGGCCACUGACUUGGUGCCGUCGGCCGCUUUCUUCACGCCCAAGUCCUUGCAUUUUCCCCGCACUCAAUUGGUGCGCCACGACAAAGUUUGGAAUGAGUGCAUGACGCUGCAGGAGUACACGCAGCUCAGCCAGGGUCACGUUGCAGUCAAGAAAAUAACGAAGCGUUCCCUGCGCCUGGAGGACUUCACAGCCGAGCGCAAGCGUCAAAAGCUGACACCGGCCCAGCGUGCGAAACUGGGUCUGGCCGCCUACGAGAAGCGUUACGAUGCAGAGAAGUUGGAGCCUAUCUCGAAACUACUCGAGGGCAUCACAUUCUGCAUACUGACCGGUUCGCCAAGACGGCGUCAAAGCAAACAGUCAUUGCAGGAGCUGGCGGGCCGCAACGGAGGCAACAUAGUGGAGAAUCCGCUGCCCAAUGACGAGAACUGUGUUUGUGUGGCCGGCGAUAUUACCUGGUAUGUGGAGCUGCUUAUCAAACAGCAGCCGCGCACCAACAACAUUGUGAACAUGGAUUGGCUACUGCGCGUCUGCGAGCAACAGGAGCUGGUAGUGCGUCCCAAGGACGUGGUGGCGGCCACAGAAUCCUUGCACAAAGAAUUGACGCAGCACUAUGACAAACUCGGCGACUCGUAUACGAAGGCUAUUUGCAGUGUUUCGGAACUGGUGGAAAUUUUGAAUGACAUCGAUGAUGCUGCGCUGCAGGCUGCCGAUAUAGAUGAGCAGCAAUUGGCCGCCUUUGAGGCGAGCUUGCUGAGCAAAAGCGACGGCCAUUUCUUUCGUAAUUGCUAUGCUUUCUUCUACACUGAGGCAGACGAUGGCAAUGAUGUCAGGCUGGAGUUGGCGAAGCUGCGUUUCAUGCGUCAUGGCGGCUUGGUGUACAGCCUGCAGGACCUGUCCAGUGCAAGCCAAAAAAGUCGCCUGACCCACAUAUUUGUCGAACUGAACAGAUGCAAUCAGGAUGUAUUCCAGCAAUGGAUAUUGGAGCAACACCUAAGUCAUUUGCCAGCUCUAAGCACAGAGUGGAUUACACAAUCGCAUAGCGAGCGACGUAUCCUGAACACACAACCGUACCUUUUGGCGACAACGUCUCAGUUGGCUCUUUAGUAUAUUGUUGUAUAUUUUAUGUUAUAAUUAACUAAACAUUUUUGUUUAAAAACAUGUUGGAAUAAAAAAGUAUUGAGUGUUAAAGUGGG